CAGUUUGUUUCAUUUCCUACUCGAGACGAGGUACGAAACGAAAAAGAUUAAUUUACAUCAAACUGUCUCAGCAUAAAGUUGUUUCGCAUUCAGAACUUUUUUCCGGUAAUUAUCGACGAAGCUGCUAAUUAUCAGAAAUCACAUUAGAACAUGGAGAGUUUGAAAACACUGGCACUGAUAGUGUACACCAUGGUUUGUUUGGAGAUGAGUUGGGGACAAAGUAAUUCAGGAUGCAUCGAAAGAUCUCUUGUUGGUGAGAAUCGUCUAAUCAUUCCUAACAGUAGCUACACAGCCUCUUCGUUCUUAUAUGAUAAACAUCCAGAUAUUCCCGAUAACAGACGAUACGUACCACACGCUGCAAAGCUUUACGGCCCAUUUGGAUGGUCACCACGUGGUAAUCAUAACCCUGAGGAUUACUUACAGCUGGACCUUGUAGCUGUACGAGCCAUCACUGCUGUAGCAACACAAGGGAAUGGCAAACGUAGAUCAUAUGAAUGGAUAAAAACAUUUAAGCUUCGUUUCAAACAAGACACAAAUUCAACUAAAUGGAUUGAAUAUGGAGACAUCUUACAGAAUUGCUACAUGUGUGGGUGGUAUAAUCAGGGCUGUUGGUGUACUGAUAAAGAGAAAACGAAGAAAACGAUGACUGCUGACACUGUAGUUCGUCAUGAUUUAAAGACAAUCCAAGAAGCACGAUACAUAAGAUUCUUACCUGUAGAAUUUUUCGGUGGUGACAAGACGAUAAGAGUCAACGUGUUUUUUAUUAAUCAAAAAGCACCACGUGUUAACGCCACGCCCUCUGAACGAUCGAUAUUCCUACAAUGGACUAUUCAACCAUGUUUUAAACUAACUCAACUUAUCACUGGCUACCUUGUGGACGUAAUCACAAAAGAAGGCAAGAAAUCAGUCAGGGUUAGUCCACUUAUUACAAGCAAAAACAUCACAGGACUUCAGCCAUACACUGAAUAUAAAAUACGAGUCAAGGCUGUCCCGUAUGGAUUAUGGAGCGAUAACAAGACCAUCCAGACUGACAUAGGAGUUCCACAGGUAAUCAAAAGCGUUGUUACGUUACAGUCACUCUCAUCAAAUUCUAUCAGAGUCACGUGGAAGCAUCCACAAAACCAUUCUAUCAACGGGCCAUUAACAGGUUAUAGAGUAACUUACACAGCAAACAAAGGGCAGUCAAAGAAUGUUGACAUAGGUGUGGUCAACACGUGGAAUAUUACAUCACUAGACAAGUGCACGUGGUACAGUGUAACGGUGUCCGUUAAUAACUCCAAGUACAUCGGUCCACCGAGUAAAAACGCCACUAUAAGAAUUGGAAAUGCACCRAUGRCCGGUCCCACGAAUGUUUCUGCUAUCYCGACAAACUCUUCUKCAAUUGCUGUGUCCUGGGGUCYUGUAACAAUGGACAAUUUAACCUGUGACAUCACCGGAUAUGACGUCAADUUGACACAACACGAAUGUGCAAAUAUCAAAAACGUUUCAGCAGGAAACCCUGGAAAGGAAGGCAGUAGAUCAUCGUCAGCAAAGACAGUCCUGAUUGGUCUUGUGAGCGUGCCUCCUAAAUUGUCACAAUAUCAGUGCAUUGAAGCAGAAAAGCCAUCAAACAAAAAGAAAAAUCGUUACAAAAAUAUUUUUACGUAUGACAGGACACGUGUUUUUCUAAAACCUGAAUCCACUGACUCUGACUACAUGAACACAGCAAUGUUGCAAAAUGACCAGAAUGGAAGUGACUACAUGAACACAGCAAUGUUGCAAAAUGACCAGAAUGAAAGUGACUCUGAUUACAUUAACGCUUCAUUUGUACAAGGAUAUGAUGGCUCUCCAAAGACGUACAUUGCAACACAAGGACCUCUGCCCGAUACAACUAACGACUUUUGGAGAAUGAUUUGGGAUCAAAACACUGCAACCAUUGUCAUGCUGACAAACGUAUUUGAACUUGGCAAGAGAAAAUGUCAUCAGUAUUGGCCUGAAUCUAGUCAGCAAUAUGGCAACAUCACAGUGAGCACCAUAAAGGUUGAAGUGUUUGCAGAUUAUGUCAUUCGAUCCUUCUCUCUAUUCAAGAAAAAUGAAGCAAACUUUGACGUUCGCCAGUUUCAUUUCACGGCGUGGCCUGACAAAGGAGUCCCACAACAUGCUUCGGCAAUACUUGCAUUCAGACGAAAAGUCCGCAUGCAUAUUGCUGACGAUGCUGGUCCGAUAGUUGUUCACUGCAGUGCUGGUGUGGGAAGAACAGGAGCUUAUGUCAUGAUAGAUGCAAUGCUUCAGCAGGCAAGGGAACAGAGUAGUUUGGAUAUCUACAAUUACCUUCAGACAAUCAGGGCCAACAGGCCGUACAUGGUACAGACAGACGAUCAGUACAAAUUUGUGUAUUUGGCCGUGUAUGAGGCUCUGGCAUGUGGAAACACAGAAAUUCAAGUUGAAAACCUCAACAUUGCAGUAAGAAACCUUUCAAAGAUUGACAACAGCACAAAUCAAAGUUUCUUUAUGCAAGAGUUCCAGCGUUUGAAUGCUGUUACAAGUACGGCAGGAAGUCCUAUGGAUGAUCACAGACGCGUCAAAUUGAACAACAAAGAAAAAACAGGAGAAUACAUCAAUGCAACAUAUGUGGACACUUACAGAGAACGAAACGCCUACAUAGUAACCCAGGCCCCCACUUGUAAAACGGUUGAAGAGUUUUGGAAACUGGUGAUAGACCACGGUAUUGGAACCAUUGUAAUGUUAAACAAAUUGCAAGAAAACAACCAGUAUUUCCUGAAGGGAUAUGAUGGCUCUCCAAAGACGUACAUUGCAACACAAGGACCUCUGCCCGAUACAACUAACGACUUUUGGAGAAUGAUUUGGGAUCAAAACACUGCAACCAUUGUCAUGCUGACAAACGUAUUUGAACUUGGCAAGAGAAAAUGUCACCAGUAUUGGCCUGAAUCUAGUCAGCAAUAUGACAACAUCACAGUGAGCACCAUAAAGGUUGAAGUGUUUGCAGAUUAUGUCAUUCGAUCCUUCUCUCUUUACAAGAAAAAUGAAGCAAACCUUGACGUACGUCAGUUUCAUUUCACGGCGUGGCCUGACAAAGGAGUYCCACAACAUGCUUCGGCAAUACUUGCAUUCAGACGAAAAGUCCGCAUGCAUAUUGCUGACGAUGCUGGUCCGAUAGUUGUUCACUGCAGUGCUGGUGUGGGAAGAACAGGAGCUUAUGUCAUGAUAGAUGCAAUGCUUCAGCAGGCAAGGGAACAGAGUAGUUUGGAUAUCUACAAUUACCUUCAGACAAUCAGGGCCAACAGGCCGUACAUGGUACAGACAGACGAUCAGUACAAAUUUGUGUAUUUGGCCGUGUAUGAGGCUCUGGCAUGUGGAAACACAGAAAUUCAAGUUGAAAACCUCAACAUUGCAAUUAGAAACCUUUCAAAGUUUGACAACAGCACAAAUCAAAGUUUCUUUAUGCAAGAGUUUCAGCGUUUGAAUGCUGUUACAAGUACGGCAGGAAGUCCUAUGGAUGAUCACAGACGUGUCAAACUGAACAACAAAGAAAAAACAGGAGAAUACAUCAACGCAACAUAUGUGGAUACUUACAGAGAACGAGACGCCUACAUAGUAACCCAGUCCCCCACUUGUAAAACGGUUGAAGAGUUUUGGAGACUGGUGAUGGACCACGGUAUUGGAACCAUUGUAAUGUUAAGCAAGUUGCAAGAAAACAACCAGACUUUUCAUCAAUACUGGCCCAACGAGAAAGAAAUGAUGACAUGUGAUAACAUUAAAGUAAAGCAGAUCAAAGUGGAAUAUCUAGAUGAAGUAACUGUGCGCACUUUCCAAGUAAUCAACUCAACGAAAAGCGUUGACGUAGUUCACUUACAGCAUACUGAUUGGAAAGAUAAACGCAUACCGUCCAACCCUCAAAGUAUUUUGAACCUAUUGAACGAGGUCCAAAAAUCCCAGCAUAGGUUUGCYGGACAAUCACCAGUGCUUGUCCAUUGUAGUAACGGUGUAGGUCGUAGUGGUACAUUCUGUAGCAUUGCCUCAACACUUGAACGCGUUAAACAGGAACAAGUACUGGAYGUGUUUCAGACAGUCAAGUCUGUGCGUGAAAGCAGACGAGGAGCAGUCGAAACUUUGGAUCAAUACAAGUUCUGCUAUACUAUUGUACAGAAUUACCUUCAGUCAUUCAGUAAUUAYGAYAACUUCAAAGGAAAAUAAAACGCACMAGCACAAAGUGWYAUCWYUAUCAAAAACAAGAUUUUGASAAAUGCAAUUGGUAUUGCCUGCAUUGCCGAUAGUCAGCGGUUUUAGGAGUCUGAGAAAAUGAGCUGGCGACAUUGCUCGACUACUCUGCUUACGCUUUGUCCGUAAAUACAAUCUAAAUAGUUUAUUUUCCUAAUUCAAUUUUUUAUUUUUUUUAUUUUUUUUUUCAACUGAUGUUUUUAACUGUGAUUUUAAACUUGUCUUAAAUAAACACUGAAUAUCAGUUAUCAUGCGGAAACUAUGAUAUUUGGUUUCACAUGUGCAGUUUCCCAACGAAAAAUCGAAGUCUCUGAUUGGAUACCGCCGGGAUGACGCAGAAUAUGGUUUGUGCAAUAUAUGGAUACUGAUGACACAUGGGAAUUUUUGAACCAAUCAAAUCURAGACUCAUUCGUCUCCAACCUGAGUCUUCGAUUUUCCGCACUGAGAGGGAUCUGGGUACGAGAAUUGCACUCUACUUCCACGAUCUAAAAGUCAAUUUUCUUUUGAUUAUAAAUUUAUUAUAUAAAAACAUAUAUCUGCACUUGAUAUAUAGGAUAUGUACAUGUAUUUAGUAGAGCUAGCCAGCUAGUUAGCUUUGUGCUAACUCAGUGGAACGGUCUGCAUGCAGUUAUAUUUUGCUACAUAUGUUAUGCUAAAAAUUAGAGUGUUUUAGUAAAACCGUGAAAAAUUA